AUGCAACGUUUGGUAGCAUCUUGUUCAAAACUCGCAAACACAAGAUACGUAAGAAACCCAUCCCUACCUAACCCAAACCUGUGUGAUGUUUUCAUCAGUCAUCGCAGGAUCGACACCAAGAAGACAAUUUCAGGUCUAUUACAUGAUCAUUUCACUAGACUACAUUUAAAUUCUUUUCUGGAUAGCAAGAGUUUAAAGCCUGGGGAUAGACUUCUCUUUGAGGUCAAUGCAGCGAUAAGAGAAUGCAGUGUUGGUAUCGCGGUUUUCUCUCCUCGUUACUGCGACUCUUACUUCUGUCUCCAUGAACUCAUGAGGCUCAUGGAGAACAAGAAGAGAAUCAUCCCAAUCUUUUGCAAUGUCAAGCCAUCGGAACUCUGCGUUAAGAAUGACCGCACACGUCCGGCUGCCGAGAUCCGGAGGCUUCAAUUGGCUCUCGAGGAAGCAAAAUACACCGUAGGACUCACGUUUGACACAUCUAAUGGAGACUGGUCAGAGUUCUUGACUAUGGCAUCGGAUGCAGUCAUCGAUAAUUUGUUAGAUGUUGAACAGGGGAGACUAAGGAGCAUCAACCCCCACGUACAAGAACAUAUCUGCGUAGGUCAAUCAAUACAACAAUCAAUAAUAAAGCGUGUCUUAUCUUCCUUUUAUUAACUUAAUUUAAUUUAAUUUGAU